AUGGUUUCUAACUGGACCAAAAUUCCGCCACCGCUUUUCAAAAAAGUUGUCAUUGUGCUAAUAGAUGCUUUGAGACAUGAUUUUGUUUUUGGAUCCAAAGGUAAACAGUUCAUGCCGUAUACUAGACAAGUUGUUGAAAAAGGGACAUCCUAUAGUUUCAUUGCUGAAGUGAAGCCACCCACUGUGACUAUGCCUCGAAUUAAGGCUUUGAUGACAGGUAGCAUACCUGGUUUCAUUGAUGUUGUUGUGAACCUCAAUUCUCCAGCUCUGUUGGAUGACAAUCUGAUAUGGCAGGCAAAAACAGCUGGGAAAAGAAUAAUCUUUUACGGUGAUGAUACAUGGGUUAAAUUGUUUCCAAAGCAUUUUGUGGAAUAUGAUGGAACAACAUCCUUUUUUGUGUCAGAUUUUAUAGAGGUUGAUGAUAAUGUUACCAGGCAUUUGGAUAGAGUGUUGAAGAGAGAUGACUGGGAUCUCCUAAUACUACAUUACCUAGGGUUGGACCAUAUUGGACAUGUGACUGGGCCAAACAGCCCAUUAGUGGGACCAAAACUUCGUGAAAUGGAUAAUAUAGUGAAGAAGAUUCAUAUUUCUCUUCUCUCAAAGGAAGAAGCUUCUCUGCCCAAUUUGCUAGUUGUUUGUGGGGAUCAUGGGAUGUCUGAAACAGGUAGUCAUGGUGGUUCUACAGACGGAGAAGUGCACACACCACUGCUGUUUAUCAGCUCUGCUUUUGAAAAGAGAAAUGGUCUUCUAACCAAACCUGAACUUGUGCAACAAACUGAUCUAGCUAGCACACUGGCAGUAGGUCUUGGUCUACCAAUUUCAAGAAACAGUGUUGGGAACCUUAUAUUGCCAAUUGUGGGAGGCAAGACAAUGAGAGAACAACUACGUUUUGUGCACUUGAAUGGGAUCCAGCUUAGCAGCCUGCUGCAAGAGAAUACAGCUGCAUAUGAAAAAGAUCCUGGAUAUGAAUAUUUUAAGAUGGCAGAAAAGUCUCAUGGUAAUUGGAUCAAAUUGUAUUUAGAGGGGAAUAAUUCAGAAAUACUCCUAAAUCUUGGCAAAAAGGUCCUGAAGCAAUAUUUGGAGGCCCUGAGGACUCUGAGUUCUUCACUAAGCAAACAAGUCACGCAAUAUGACAUGUAUUCAAUGAUGGUGGGGACUGUGAUCAUUAUGGAGGUUCUGCUGCUGCUUCUGCUUAGUGUUCCAAAAGCCCUGAGCAGCCGGGCAGAAUUUGAAGUGCUGCUCUCCCCUCCACUAUUCUCUCUGCUGUUUUACUUGAUGUGUCUGAUGCUGUGUGCAGUUCACGUCAUUGUAUGCACAUCGGUACAAAGUUUAUGCUUUUUUUGCAGUAUGUCCUGGUUAACAGCAAUUGGAGUGAUGAUGCUGAUUUCUGUACUCAUGUGCAUUAUUUUAUCUGCCAUUGCAAAGAUGUUUGAGAAUUCCAGACUUCUACUGAAGAAUCCCGUUGUGUCCAGUUCCAGCUGGUCAGAAGUAGAUGUGCUGAUUCUGGCUGGAACAAUUGGCCAUGUUUUGAGUUUGGGGGCAAGCAGUUUUAUAGAAGAGGAACAUCAAACCUGGUAUUUUCUUAUAAAUACACUUUGUUUGCUGCUGUGUCAGGAAAAAGAGUGUGACCCUCAACAUAGCACCACUGUGAAACAAAAUUUUGAUAGUAUCAAGGAAGUGUCUGCGUGCAGGAAUAUAGACAUUCCAGCAGCAGGUAAUUCAAAAUUGGGCAAGUCCACUUCUUCAGCUGAAGCCAUGAAAGGAUCAGAUAAGUGGAUAAGCUUAGUGAGUCCAUGGAUCAUUCUUAUUUGCUGUCGGCUACUUCGAUCAUUGAAUCAGACAGGCAUCCAGUGGGCUCAUCGGCCAGACUUUGGACAUUGGUUGAUAAGCUCUGAACAUAAAUCUGAACUCUCCUUCUUGGCUGCAGUCUCCCUACUUAUGGUCUUCUUUCUGGUUCAAAGAAGAUGCUCCCUGGUUUCAAAAAUUGCUAUGGCACUCGGGCUUCUGGGAGUCUACAGUUACCGGGCAGCUAUUGGAAAUGUCAUAUUUCCAUGGCAACAGGACAGCAAAGAUAUUUCAAAGGGGAUUACUGAAGCUCGUUUCGUUUAUGUCUUUGUCCUUGGCAUAGUCUUUACUGGCACUAAGGAUUUACUGAAGUCACAGGUUAUUUCUUCAGUUUCCAGCAUGAAGAGUACAGGAUUAUGGGAAGUGUAUAGUGGAUUGGUUCUACUAGCAGCCCUUCUAUUUAGACCUCACAAUUUACCAGUCCUGGUGUUUUGUCUGCUGAUUCAGACCAUGAUAACAAAAUAUAUCUGGAGACCUUUGAAGUUUGAUGCAGCACAGAUUACUAUCAUGCACUACUGGUUUGGCCAAGCUUUCUUCUAUUUUCAGGUAAGCUGA